AUGACGUGCGCACUGCGUGGCGCCUCCGUGACGUUCUGGCGAAGGGCAGAGAGGGUGGGUUACCUGCGCUACCUGUGCAGUGGCGGUGCUGCCAUGGACCUGGGACCGAUGCGCAAGAGUUACUGCGGCGAUCGAGAGGCAUUUGAGGAGACGCACUUGACCUCUCUGGAUCCUAUAAAGCAGUUUGCUGCCUGGUUCCAGGAAGCUGUUCAGUGUCCAGAAAUUGGAGAAGCCAAUGCCAUGUGUCUGGCCACCUGCACCAGGGAUGGAAAACCCUCUGCCCGCAUGUUGCUGCUGAAGGGCUUUAACAAGGACGGCUUCCGCUUCUUCACUAACUUUGAGAGCCGAAAAGGAAAAGAGCUGGACUCUAAUCCCUUUGCUUCUCUUGUCUUCUACUGGGAACCUCUUCACCGGCAGGUGCGAGUGGAGGGACCUGUGAAGAAGCUGCCGGAGGAGGAGGCCGAGUGUUACUUCCACUCCCGCCCCAAGAGCAGCCAGAUCGGGGCUGUGGUCAGUCACCAGAGCUCUGUGAUCCCCAACCGAGAGUAUCUGAGGAGUAAGAAUGAAGAACUGGAGAGGCUCUACCAGGAACAAACGGUGCCUAAGCCGAAACACUGGGGCGGCUACGUCCUGUGCCCACAGGUGAUAGAGUUCUGGCAAGGCCAAACCAACCGCUUACACGACCGGAUUGUUUUCCGGAGAAUGCUGGCAGGAGACUCUCCUUUGGGGCCCAUGACCCACCGCGGGGAGGAAGACUGGUGCUAUGAGAGACUUGCGCCGUGA